GUGGAAUCUUUUUUAAUUUUUUCGGAAUUAGUAAUAUAUUUUGCAAUGCAAUCGCCGGACGAGGUUCUGAAUGAAAAAGUUGCUGAAUGGCUGGCAUGGGACAAAACCAAAGAAACAAAAGAAGAAAUAGAGUGUUUAAAGGCUAGGAAAGACUAUGAUGAACUUAGCAAACGCCUAAUCAACAGGAUGAAGUUUGGCACUGCUGGUCUGAGAGCACCAAUGGGAGCAGGUUAUUCAAGGAUGAAUGACCUUACUGUUAUUCAAACAACCCAGGGGUUCUGUAAGUAUAUGCUGUGCACUUCGCCCGAUGUCCUCGAGAGGGGUGUGCUCAUCGGAUACGACGGCAGACAUCAUAGUAAAAGGUUUGCUGAACUGGCCGCUGCCGUUCUGGUCAGUCAGGAAAUAAUGGUCUAUCUAUUCUCUGAGAUGGUGCCCACUCCUCUUGUGGCUUAUGGAACUCUGUUGAAGAACUGCGAGUGGGGUAUCAUGGUUACGGCUUCUCAUAAUCCCAAAGAAGAUAACGGAUACAAGGUCGUGUACGCUAGUAAUGGUGCGCAGAUUAUGUCACCGACUGAUUCGGAGAUCGAGAAGAAGAUACUGCAGAACCUCCAGCCCUGGCCACAAUCCUGGAAAACUUGUAACCUCAGAGACCACCAUCUCGUUAAGGACCCUCUUAAAGAGGUUAAGACCCUUUACAUGAAGGCACUCGGGUGCCUCUGUACUAACAGAGAGCUGAACAAGCAGACGAAUUUGAGGUUCACCUACACGGGCAUGCAUGGAGUUGGCUUCAAAUUCUUCAAGGAGGCGUUCAUCAGCGUCUUCGAGUUCAAAGAGCUGGUGCCCGUAAAGGAACAGGUCGAACCAAAUCCUGAUUUUCCGACUGUUAAAUUCCCAAAUCCUGAAGAAGGAAGGAAUGUUCUCCAACUGGCCAUCAACACGGCUAUCGCUUCUUGUAGCUCUGUCGUCAUCGCCAACGAUCCGGACGCCGAUAGGAUGGCCGCUGCCGAAAAAUACGGAAGUGAUGGCUGGUACAUAUUCAGUGGGAAUGAGAUUGGGGCUCUGCUUGGAUGGUGGAUGGUCAAGCUGUACAAGGAUAAAGGGAGGACUGCCCAGAAUGCUUGGUGCGCAUCGAGUGCAGUGUCCUCGCGCAUCCUCAAAUCCAUCUGCGCUAAGGAGGGAAUCAAUCAUAAAGAAACUCUGACAGGCUUUAAAUACAUGGGCUCCUUUGCUAGUGAGAUUGUUCGUGCAAAAAAAAGUUUCAUCUUUGCGUUUGAAGAAGCUAUUGGCUUCAUGUGUGGACCGACGGUCUUCGACAAAGACGGCAUUAGCGCUGGCUGUGUACUGGCGGACAUGGCUGUCUCACUGAACAAGCAGGGUCUAACUAUGCGCCAACAACUCAACAAUAUUUACGAAAUAUAUGGCUAUCACUUCAGCAUCAACUCGUAUUACGUCAUCAAAGAUGCCUGUGUCAUAAAGAAGAUUUUCGAUCGGAUCCGACAUCUCGGCGAAAAAGAUGGGUGCAUCUACCCAACAAAGGUAGGCUGUUACAGCAUCAAAUACGUCCGUGACCUUCACGUCGGCUAUGAUAGCGAGCAACCCAACAAACUACCCAAUCUUCCCGUGAGUGCGAGCAGCGAGAUGAUGACCUUCACCUUCGAACAGCCUCCAGUGGUCAUGACCUUGAGGACUAGCGGUACGGAGCCAAAGAUUAAAUACUAUUCCGAGUAUAUUGCCCCAGCCGGCUGUAGAGUUGAUCAAAGUGCUGUGAAAUCCGAACUUGAAAAUCUUCUAAGUGUGACACUACAAGAAUUUCUUCAACCGGAAGUCAACGGACUCAUUGUCAAAGAUUAUGAUUGAUAAGAUUGAAAAAACAUUUUAGUUGGAUUUUUAUAGCGCAGUUCUGAUAAUUGAUUUUUGGGAAAAGCGCUAUUUAAAUCUUAAAAUAUAAUUUUAUUGGAAAAUUUUUUUAACAAUUUUUUUGUUCAAAUUAUAGAUAUGUUAUUUGAUUUUUCUGGUUAGUAGUUCCUUAUGAAGUUGUUAAAUAUCGAAUCACAAUUGUAAAUAUGCAAUGAAAAAUGACGAAAUAAAUAUAUGUAAUAGACACACAUACAACACACGUACACACACACACACACCGUAAAUUUGAUUGACGUAUAUCCAUUCCCCAGUAUUUCCUUUAUUUAGUUGGAACCUUAGUUUAGCUGAUUCUCAGUCCGUAGUCACUCAAAAUGUCAAGAUUUUUUGUCUUAUAACCUAUUUGUUCAGUUUAUUUCGUUCAUCGUCAUCAUUAUUAUUAUAUUAUAAAAUUAUUAUUAUAUUAUACUAUUAUUAUUAUUUAGUUGAUGAUUUUUCACUUCGUUUCUUGCGAGUGUCUUUAAUUUAUUUGCCCCCCACAAAAAAAAUAAUUUUUUGCUUUUCUCACGGAUUGAAAUAAUAAAAAUUGAAGAUUAAUUCGUCGGAA